CGCUGCCGCUGCCUCGCAGAUGCCAUCACAGCAACAAAGAGCUCGCUGAGCGGAGAGCGGCCGCGAGAGCUCGCCUUGAAGCCACCGCAUCAGCUCUCGGAGCUGCGCGUCAGCGGGAGGAAGCGGAGAAGGAGUUCUGGGGGAGGGAAGAGGGUAGAAGAUGGCCAGGAGGAGAAAAAACCCCAGCAUCAAGGGUGAAUCAAAGUCAUCUGAGCCAGAAUUCAGGAGGCCUGUUGUCGAGAGGAAUUUUACAGAUGUUCUGUGCUGCAUAAUCUUCCUACUGUUUAUUAUGGGCUACAUUGUUGUAGGACUUGUGGCCUGGGUACACGGCGACCCCAGGAGAGUGGCCUAUCCUACAGACAGCAAGGGCCACUUUUGUGGCCAGAAGGGCACCCCCAAUGAGAACAAGACCAUUUUGUUUUACUUUAACCUGUUAAGAUGUGCCAAGCCUUCCAUUCUGUUUGGCCUACAGUGCCCUACCACACAGAUCUGUGUCUCCAAGUGCCCAGAAAAAUUUUUAACCUACGUGGAAAUACAAAUUUCGUACAAAGGAAAUAAUAGUAAUUGGUUAUACUACAGUCAAUUCUGCCAGCCUACUGCUGAACCUGAAAAGCCCAUCUCAGAAGUCUUAUUGGAUGAUGACUGCCCCGCAGCAAUUUUUCCAAGCAAACCUUUUCUCCAGAGGUGUUUGCCUGACUUCUCAACCAAAAAUGGCUCUUUAACUGUAGGAAAUAAGAUGCUGUAUGAAGAUGGAAGUGGAAAAACAAGAAAUGUACUAGAACUCAGGGAGGCUUCAAAUGCUGUCAAUAAACUCCUUGAUGCAAGGGCAAUUGGAUCAAAAGUUUUUGAGGACUACACAGUGACGUGGUAUUGGAUCCUCCUAGGCCUAUGUACUGCCAUGAUCCUUAGUUGGACAUUUCUGAUACUCCUCAAAUUCAUAGCUGGAUUCCUCUUCUGGAUAUUUGCAUUUGGUGUACUUGGAAUUGUAGGAUAUGGAAUAUGGUACUGUUACCAGGAAUACAACAAUCUUCAGCACCACCCAAAUUCUACACUGACUAUAUAUGACAUCGGGAUUGAGACAAACAUAAGCAUGUACUUUAAAUUGAAACAGACAUGGUUCUCAUUUUUGAUAAUACUCAUCAUCAUUGAAGUGAUUGUCAUCAUCUUGCUGAUCGCCUUCAGGAGACGAAUCCGUGUCGCCAUUGUUCUGCUGAAGGAAGGGAGCAAAGCCAUUGGAUGCAUUCCUAGUACAUUACUAUAUCCAGUUUUAACUUUCUUUCUGCUCUUAAUCUGCAUUUCCUACUGGGUUGUGACUGCAGUUUUUUUGGCUACAUCAGGAAUACCUAUGUACACAGUUACAGCCACAGAUGAGCCAUGUAUCUAUUCAAAUAAAAUCUGUGAACCAGAGAGUUUUAAUACAACUGAAAUUCCCAGAGUUUGCCCGGGAGCUCAUUGUAACUUUGCUUUCUAUGGUGGUGGAAAGACUCUGUACCAUCAGUACAUCAAUACCUUCCAUAUAUACAAUCUAUUUGUCUUUAUCUGGCUUGUAAACUUUGUCAUUGCAUUGGGUCAGUGUUCCCUUGCUGGUGCCUUUGCUGCUUAUUACUGGGCCAUGAAAAAACCCGAUGAUAUUCCACCAUUUCCACUUUUUACUGCAUUUGGAUACGCUUUACGAUAUCACACAGGAUCACUAGCAUUUGGAGCUUUAAUUCUUUCAUUAAUUCAAAUAUUUAAAAUGGUCCUAGAAUACAUGGACAGCCAACUUAAAAAAGCCCAAAACAGCAUUUCCAAAUUUCUACAAUGCUGCCUGACAUGCUGUUUCUGGUGUUUGGAAAAAAUGGUAAAGUUUUUAAACAGAAAUGCCUAUAUUAUGAUUGCAAUAUAUGGGAAAAACUUCUGCAUAUCAACAAGAGAUGCUUUCAAUCUGCUGAUGAGAAACAUUAUAAAAGUUGCAGUUACAGAUGAAGUUACACACUUUAUAUUGUUCCUGGGGAAAAUUCUAAUUUCUGGGUUUAUAGGUAUCCUGGCCUUCUUGAUCUUCACACAAAAAAUACCAACGAUUAUACAAGGACCAACAUCUUUAAAUUACUACUGGGUACCAUUGCUGACUGUCAUUUUUGGAUCUUAUCUAAUUGCUAAGGGGUGCUUCAGCGUCUAUUCAAUGUGUGUUGAAACAAUUUUCCUCUGCUUCUGUGAAGAUCUGGAAAGAAAUGAUGGAUCUGCAGAAAAACCCUACUUCAUAUCCCCUAGCCUGCAUGGGAUUCUGAUCAAGAAGCAUCCAGCUCCCCAGAGGCAGAGUAGAAACUCUCCCAGCAGUGCCACCCACACUUAAGUUGAAGUUUUGUAAACUAGGCCAAGUGUAAUUUGAAAAUGUUGCUUUGGGGUAAUGUGAAAUUUCUGUGCUCUUUCUAAAAAGUCAGCACUUGGCACCAUCUGAAGUGUCAGACUCUUGAGGACAAUGACCUCUGUGAAGUAGUCUACUUUAUAGACUGUGGUCCUAGCCGAAGAGCAAAGUGUUAAUGUCAAUCAUUUUUAAAAAUCUAUAGCAGAAAGUGUUUUAAUAACUUUUAUAAUGGUGUGCUAUUUCCAUUACAGCACUUUGAUAGCCUUUCUUUUUAUAAGUGUAUAUUUGUAAAGGAUAUUCAUGCAACUUUUGAAAGCACUAUAAAUGUGUAAUUAGUUAGCCAUAAAAAUAUUGUUUAUAGUUAACCAGCAUAAGGUACUAAAUUUGUAAAUAUGGUGCUAUGGUUUUGUUUAUAUUGUUCAAGCUGGUGGACAACUCUCCAAACUGUGAUUAAGUGUGUAUUAAUGGUUCCUUAAAAAGUAUAUUUCGGUAUGUGAGUCAAGUCCGUAACAAUCAUCUAGAUGUUAUUGUCACACAAGUUCUACAGAGCAUUACUGGGUGAAGGUAGUGAAGAACCUUCACAGUCCAUUCUGUUUUAGUGAAAUUAUAUUUAUAUUGAAGUCAAAUCUGAGUUCUAGAAUGUCAUUUCCAAUAAUAGGAGCCUCCAAUAACCAUGAGAAUAUUCUGAACUGAAAUUGCCACGUAACUCAGGCCUUUCAUCUCCAGCCAGAAUUUCCUACUCCAACCAUGUAUAAAAUUAAUAUGGAUUUGCUUCAGACAAGUGAUUUUUCUUGUCAUGAUAAUACCUAUAGUUCUAGAUUAUAAGGAUUAUGUGGCUUUGUUCUACAAAAGGUUAAAAUUUAGCUCAAUCUUCAGUGAGGAAAGAGAAGAGAUAAAUAAGACACUUCAGUAUUUACCCUAAGGAAAUAUGUUACUGGUCCUCCAUUAGGUACCUCAUCUGGUACCUGUACAAUGGACAUGCUCCAGGUUAGGAAAUCUCUUUCUCCAGGGCAUAAGAGAAGUGUUAUUGCACCCUCCACUGCUGCUGGUCAGAGCAAAAAGCCGGUUUCUGGUAAGCCAUGCCUAAGUCUUGCACAACAGAGCAAAGUAUGAUUCAGAUGCUCACAUACCUGCCUGCCCCUCCUUGUGCAAAUGCAUAUGAUGCAGCUAACAGUGUAAAAAUGAAACCCAAAAGAAUCACUGAACCGGUUGGCAUCCUUUUGGCUUUUACACUCAGCUUUCCUAUAAGGAUUGGCUGAAUGGAACACGUUGACCUGACAUGUUGAUUGGAACAUGAUCUGCAUAUCCAAGAAGAGAGUCAUAAAUGUAUUAUUGUGUUACAAAUUACUAUAAAUACUAACUUACUUAAUUACACUGAAAUGUGUAGGAAGCUAGAUUUAGACUUAUUAUGGCAGCUUAAUAGUAUGUAGCCAAUGAAUAGAAAAGAUUUUCAAAAUAUCCAUCCUAUGGACCAGCAACUUGUUCUUAGCAUUCUUUCUUGAGUUUAUUGUAGUCAACAGUGUCACCUGGCCUCACUUCUUGGCAAAAAUAAAAAACUCUUAAUUUUCAUUCUUCUUGAAGCAUAAUGCAAAAAAAGAGUGAUUGCUUAUCUUUCUAGAUUUUUACUAUUACUUUGUUGUUCAAUAAUACAAGGGCCACAACAAAGAUCUAGUAAAACAGUAACCUCUAUCAGUGAACUUGUUAUAAAUACAGAUCCAUGCCCUUGCCCUACCCAAGUGAUUAUGAUAUGUUGUGCUUGAACAAGGACCUUCAAAUGUAUGAACUUCUCUAGUUGAUCCCAACACACAUAAAAGUUAGAAAAUCACUUGAAUAAAUUUAAGUCAACAUGUAAGAAACAGUUGCCUGUUUAACUGUAUUAUUGGCUUAUUCCUAGUCAGAAAGAUAUUCUCUAUUAGUUCUUUGUGUAACUGAAAUGCUUAGAGUAAAAAUGAGCAUUGUUUUUGAAAAGAAAUUUAGAAGCCAUUGUCUUACAGAACAAGUAAACUAAUAACUGUAAAAACAGAGCAUUAUUUCUCAAAACUUUCAUUUGAGGGAUCUGAAAAUACCAUCCACUAAAAUUGUACAAAUGUUAUCUUUCAAAGCUGUACUGUCUAUGUUGUUGGUGUCAAAGCAACAAUAUCUUGAACCAAUAUGGUAAUUUAGGAAGUAAAUGGAGAAAAAGAAAGUAAAAGUUAUUUCCUUGACCGUGCAACUGACAGACAUUCCAUAUUGGCAAAAUCUGACCUGGUAGACAGAAUGCGCUAAUAUUUUGCUAUCAUGAUAACAAGGGCUGAUUGUUUUUUCAUACCUAUGUUUACAAAAACGUUAACUGUUUUAAAAAAAAGUGAUAUUGUGAAUUGCUGUAAAACAAGUAUGCAGCAGAUGGCGAUGUUACUUCUCUUACAGUUUUUCUUUGAUACUUAACUCUGUGCCAUUCUUCCUCCUAGUGGAAGACUUAGAACGAAACGAAGGUUCUAGAAUAAGACCCUAUUUCAUGAGUCAAUCUCUGAUGAAGAUUUUGAUGGAGAGAGAUAAAUAAGAACCAGUAGAAGAACGAACUGGUCAUCCUGCUGCGUGUUAUCUUCCCGAAUCUGCUGUCUGCGCAACCCUUGUUUCAUAAGUGCUUUGUGUUUGGCGACACUGUAUUCACAACCUUGUUGGCUUGUAUUUGCAUGUUUUAUACCAAAGCUUAUAUUGUAAUAAUGUGAAGCCAUCAGAAGUUGCAAGGGAAUUGUUAAUAACAUGGAACAUUUUUAUACUAAGAUCUUUUGUUUUGUAAUUCAUUUUUAAAUAAGAAUGGCUUGGAUGUUUUGAAAAUACAUCUACUGUGUUAAUAUUCUUUUAGAUAUUAGAUUGAAAAAGGGUACACUAUUAAAUUGAUAGCUCCUAAUAUAUUUUUAAGAUGACAACGAAAAGACUUCUUCUGCAGGGAAAAUUGGUAAACAAAGUGAAAUAAACAUUUUUAGGGCUUUCCCCACUCCUGUUUGACAGUAAACAAGUAAAAGGACCACCCACUCCAGUCUUUGCUGUCUUUAGUAUAGAGUGUUUCCUGUUAAGCAAAUUGCCAAUCAUCCAGCCUUUACUACUUCGUCUGCUGACAAAGUGCCUUACUGGCUAAUACUACCCAGCUUUUGUGGGCAAGUUUACAAACAUUGUUUUUAAAAAUUAAAACCUUCGAUGUUUAGUGAUUAAAACAAAUCUUCUUGCAUUUGUUUUCCUCUUGCUCACUGAAUGGAACCCAUUGGUCAUUUCACCAUGUUUGAUAAUCUCACUAUUAGAGAGUUCCUUAUGUGGUAUAAACAAUUUCCCUUGUGCCUAAUGGACAUUCAUGAAUGUGUACUAUACACAAGGGAAGAAAAUGAUAUUGGGUUUGUUUUUUGCUUUUUUUCUUAAAAAAAAAAAAAGUUUAAAACUGUAAUGUUUUCUAUAGGAUAUCUUUGAAAAUACAGUAAGACUGUAUUUCUCUGUGUUCUCUACACAUUGGAAAGGGAAACUUCUAGCAAUUACAAAGGGAAACUUUACCCAUGAAAGGGUGCUUACAGACAUCAUGUACUGAAAAAGCUCCAUUAUAAAUGAUUGCUUAUUCUCAUCAAAACCUGUUCUAUAUGUGCCAUUUCAUUUUCUAACUUUUGAUACAAAACAGUUUACUUACAAAAUGUUAAUUUUUAUUGUGCCAAUAGAAACAGAAACAGUUUUGAAUUCAGUUUUAAAUAACUUUACUAGUACGACUAACUUUAAAGAAGAUUAAUUCAGUGUUGUAUUUGGCGUAAAAGCAAGGGUUCAUAAAAGUAUUCACCCUAAGGAUAUGUCAAUCAGAUAAUGAUAGUUUGUGAAAGAUUUAGGAAUCAAUCAACAGUAAGUUACUAAUGGUUUAUCUAUUAUCACAUUUAUUUAGAUGUGACUUUAGAUACGUUUAUGCCAAAAAUAAACUGACAUGAGAACAUAACAGUCUGAGCUCUAUAAUCAGUGUGCUUCUGCAGUGCAGAAGUGUUAGGAACCCUUAUUUGAACAUAUUUAAUAACUAAAAUGUUUAAUACUUAAUGGGAUUUGUUGUUACUCAUUGCUUUAAAUAUAUUUGUUUUCUAAUAGAUAUUUAGAUUAAAAACUAUCUGCCUUUUGUUUCUUUAAUCUAGAAAGAAAGAAAAGCUUUUGUUUUUUUUAAAUCCUCCCAUACUAUAACAUCAUCUUCUCUGAACUAAGCAUCUAGAAAAAUCUAUAUUUUUAAAUUUUCCCUUGGUAAAUCAAGUAACUGAAACUAAAGAUUUAUCCAAGUUAAUUAUUCAAAGAUAAAUAAGUAAAAAAAUGAUGUUUUUAAAAAACCCAAACAAUGGCCUAAACCAUUUAAUUGAUUUUUUAUUUUAAUUUGCCAAAGGUCUGCUCACUCCCUCAUUUGGUUUUUCCAACUUCAUAAGAAGAAAAUAUCAUUCUUAAGGCAUGGAUAAAUUUAAAGACCCUAAAAAUAUGUGAAGAAUAGUUCACAGUCGUUUUCUAAAACAAGAUUAAAUGAACCUAUUACUGGUCUACCUUAAGCUAAAAGAGCAUCUUUUUCUUUUUUUUUUAAGUUGAAUUGUGUGUUAAAUCUUCAAAAUUAAUUUUCUUUUAAAAUUUAAUGGGUUUCUUUCAAAGGUAAAAUAAAACGAUGUUCUUGCCAUUUUCAGUGUUCUUUUAAAAUGUUAAAUAUAAUAAGAUGUUUAUUAACACAGGUAACAAUUUUCUCUUUAUUUGAUGUAAAAAUAUAGUUUGAUUUCUAGGAGAAAUCCAAAUUGUGCUUUAGAUCUUAUUACCUCUUACUUUUGGCUGAUAAAGCACUGAUAUUUGCAAAUAAAUUGUAUGGAAUUGGACUAUAAUUGAUUUGGUUUUUCUAUAUGCCAAAAACAAACAAACAAAAGUUUAAAAAGUUUAUGUAUCCAUAUAGUAAAAUCACACAUUGAAGGGUUCUAUGAGAUCUUCAGGAUGAUGUAUUAUUUAAACUGAUAUUGAAAAAUGGGCUCUGUGAACCAAUUCCUUAUUUUCCUUUUAAUAUAUAGCCAACCAGUAGUCAUUCCAAUGUAUGUUCUUUCACUUUUACAAGUGGUGCCUCAGGAAAUUGCUCUUAAAUUCGAACCAGGCAUAGUAAUUAUCUCCAGUAUUAUCUGGUUCUGGGUAGAGGAACAUGCUUUAUAAAUCAGUCUUUCUUGGCAUAAGACAUGGGGACAAAAUUGAACUAAAAUCAUUA